AUGAAUGAUGGAAACGACGUCGUCAAGUACGCUAUGUUAACGAAACGACGUCAUUUCAUUUUCGUAACCCAUCCGGUGAAAAUGGAGCGGAGCCGAGUGACCGGAGAAGCACCGACGACCCGAACCAGGAUCCUGCUUGCGUCACUAUCUGCGAUGGUCGCUGAGACAGUUACGUUUCCGAUUGAUCUCACAAAGACCAGAAUGCAGCUCCAUGGUUUAGGCUCCGCUUCCGCUUCCGCUUCCGCCGCCGCUAAUGCGCACCGGGUUGGCGCUAUCGGAGUCGUGUCGGAGAUUGCGAGGCAGGAAGGGAUGAUGGGUUUCUAUAAAGGUCUAUCUCCGGCGAUUAUCAGACACUUGUUCUACACGCCUAUCAGAAUCAUUGGGUACGAGAAUUUGAAGGGGUUCAUAGUCAGAUCUGAAGCUAACAACGGCGAGUCUCUUCCUCUCGCCACAAAAGCUCUCGUCGGAGGGAUUUCUGGUGUUAUAGCUCAGGUAGUGGCUAGUCCAGCUGAUUUGGUGAAAGUGAGAAUGCAAGCAGAUGGUAGACUGGUGAGCCAAGGCCUGAAACCGAGAUACUCUGGACCAAUCGAAGCUUUCACCAAAAUCCUGCAAUCAGAAGGAGUGAAAGGGCUGUGGAAAGGCGUUGUUCCAAACAUCCAGAGAGCGUUUCUAGUGAACAUGGGUGAGCUAGCUUGCUACGACCACGCCAAACACUUUGUCAUCGAGAAAAAGAUCUCCGGUGAUAACAUCUACGCGCACACUCUUGCAUCCAUAGUGUCGGGUCUUGCUUCCACAACCCUGAGUUGUCCUGCUGAUGUGGUGAAGACGAGGAUGAUGAACCAGGGUGAGAAAGCCGUGUACAGGAAUUCUUACGAUUGUUUGGUGAAGACUGUUAGGUUUGAAGGAAUAAGAGCUCUGUGGAAAGGUUUUUUCCCGACGUGGGCAAGGCUUGGACCGUGGCAGUUCGUGUUUUGGGUCUCUUACGAGAAGUUUAGACAGCUUGCAGGCGGCGAUUUCGAAGAGAAGAGUGUGAAGCAUGUCAUUUUUUUUCACUUCAUCUACUCCUUCGUCUUCUCUCGAGAAAAUCUAGAGACCAGAUCCCCGAGAAAGAAGAAAGGACCUCUCUUUUCAAACUCCCCGUUGAAUCUAAUGGCGGAAGCCGGUGGAGUUAUUCCGACGAUAGACUUGGAAGAGGUUUCAGAUAAGAUCCUGAACCAGAAAAUCCGUGAAGCGAGUGAGAGAUGGGGUUGCUUCAGGGUCAUUAACCAUGGAGUUUCACUGUCUUUGAUGUCUGAGAUGAAGAAGACCGUUAUGGAUCUCUUCGAACGUCCUUACGAGGUGAAAGUGCGUAACACCGAUGUGUUACUAGGGAGUGGUUACAGAGCUCCAAAUGAAAUCAACCCUUAUUACGAAGCAUUGGGUCUCUAUGACAUGGCUUCUCCUCAAGCUGUCAAUACCUUUUGUGACCAACUCGAUGCCUCUGCGGACCAAAGGGAGAUUAUGGUAAAGUAUGCGAAAGCUAUUGAUGGUCUUGCAAAGGAUUUAGCUAGGAGAUUAGCAGAGAGUUACGAGUUGCCUGAGACCGAGUUCUUCAAAGGAUGGCCGAGCCAGUUUCGGAUCAACAAAUAUCAUUUUCAACCCGAAACAGUUGGGAAACUCGGUGUGCAGCUACACACGGAUUCAGGGUUCUUGACGAUUCUUCAAGACGAUGAAAACGUUGGUGGGCUUGAAGCGAUGGACCACUCUUCAGGAGCGUUCUUCCCCAUAAACCCGUUGCCAAACACGCUUGCUAUCAACCUCGGGGACAUGGCUGCGAUAUGGAGCAAUGGGAGGUUAUGCAAUGUGAAGCAUAGAGUGCAGUGCAACGAAGCGACAAAGAGGUUUUCCAUCGCCUCCUUCUUGUUAGGACCAAUGGAUACAGAUUUGGAGCCUCCGAGUGAGUUUGUGGAUGCUCAACAUCCGCGACUAUACAAGCCUAUUAGCCACGACGGGAUACGAAAUAUCAGAAUGACUACGAAGCUGCAUGAUGGAGAAGCUCUCAAGCUUAUAACCUUUGAAUGACUUAAUGCGGCUGUGAUAUGAAACCAGAGACUCUUUUGAUUCCCCUAAGAAAGAGAGGUAAAGAUGUACCUUUGUCAAUUUUUGGCAAUAUAUAUGAGUAAUAUUCUAUUGAAUAAAUAAACUCGAAUCAUCACUGGGAUGAGUGAUAACAUUAGCUGUCCGAAUCACGUGAUUCACGUUGUUGUUGAACCACUCAUUUUCCAACUACCUCAUUGGUUAGAUUAGAUCAAUGAUGAGACAGAGAAAAUCUCUUCGUUGAAAAGGCAAAUCUGUAUGCUCUUCUAUAUAACUUUGGACAAGGGUUUGCUCUUGAAAACAGAGAAAACAAACCUGUUCUCUUGAAGAAACAAAUCAUAAUGGCCGAUCUCAAUGAAGUCAUUCCGACGAUAGACUUGCAAGAGAUUCCGGACAAGAUGUUGAAUCAGAAAAUACGUGAGGCAAGUGAGAGAUGGGGAUGUUUCAAGGUGAUAAACCAUGGAGUUUCUUUGUCUUUGAUGUCUGAGAUGAAGAAGACUGUUACAGAUCUCCAUGAACGUCCAACUGAGGUGAAGAUGCGUAACACUGACGUGAUACAAAACAGUGGUUACAAGCCUAUCAUUGACUUAAACCCUUUCUAUGAAUCAUUCGGCCUUUUUGACAUUGCCUCUCCUCAUGCUGUCAAUACUUUUUGUGAUCAACUCGAGGCCUCUGCUCAUCAAAGGGAAACUAUGGUAAAGUAUGGCAAAGCUAUGGAUGGUCUUGCAAAGGAUUUAGCAAGGAGAUUAGCAGAGAGUUACGAAUUAGAGGAAACCGAUAUCUGUAAAGGAUGGCCGAGCCAAUUUAGGCUGAGCAAAUAUCAUUUCAAACAAGAGACAGUUGGUAAAAAUGGUUUGAUAAUACACACGGAUCCAGGAUUCAUAACGAUUCUUCAAGGCGAUGAAGAUGUUGGUGGACUUGAAGCCAUGGACACUUGUUCAGGAACAUUUUUCCCCAUAAACACGUUGCCGAACACGCUUACUGUCAACCUUGGUGACAUGGCUAAGAUAUGGAGCAAUGGUAGGUUGUGCAAUGUGAAGCAUAGAGUGCAAUGCAAAGAUGCAAAAAUGAGGAUUACUAUCUCCACGUUCCUGUUAGCACCAAUGGAUAGAGUUAUCGAACCUCCAAGUGAAUUUGUGGAUGCGGAACAUCCACGUCUGUACAAGCCUAUCAGCGAUGGAGAACUAAGAAAGAUUAGACUGAGCAAUAAUCUGCAUAACGGCGAUUCUCUAAAGUUUAUAACCAUAUCAAAUGUUUAAAUGGCUCCAAAAGAUAGUCUUUAUGUAUUAUGGCUUGAAAUACUGUUUGGUUUUUGAUAUGUGAGGUGUAGAAAACUCAAUAAGAACAAUGGAAAUUGAAGAUAUCUCUUGUCAUUGAUUGAUAAUUAAAGGUGUUUUAUUGAGAGAAACUAGAUAUUUACCUGUGCUAUGUUGUGGUAUAUUUUUCUAAUUUUUGUAUAUAUUUUUAAUAUAAUAAAAUUAUUUUAUAAUAUAA